CAAUGUGGGAAGCGCAGCCUGGCAGUCGUCAUCAAUCCUCGACACCGACCAGUCAGUUUUCAUCUUACGAGUGUUCCAGUGCAAAAAACUGUGCAAGGAUAUCCCAAGUGAACAAAGCAACGGUGAUAAUUUUAUUCAACCAUGUCCAAUCAUUCAAAAUUACCACCGUCCACCAACGGAUUACUUUCGGUGUUUGAAAAGGCCAACGCAAGUUUAAUUGGUAAUGCCUUGGCACCGGUGUCUACCGUCGAAAGCUCACCUAAGGUUAACGCAUUCAAUAACGGCGGGAGCUCGAUUGAAGGCACCAGCAAUAUAGCGUCGAUUCCCGAAUCCGACGAGGAUUUAUCGGAUUUCUCUUAUAACGACAGCGAAGAAAUGGAGGACGAUUCUCGCCAUUCAUCGGUUGACGAUAAAAAUGAUCACUCAUCCAGCGUUCCAUCAAAGGAAGAAAUAUCAUCAUACAAACUGAGCUCCUUGGCUGCUACGCCAGCAGUUCUGCCGGUACUGAAUCUAGCUGGUACCAAGUUGGGCAUAGGAAGUGGAACAGUUGUCCGUAAAAUGUUCACCAAUACCAGAGAACGUUGGCGCCAACAGAAUGUGUCCGGUGCAUUUGCUGAACUUCGCAAACUGGUUCCGACCCAUCCUCCAGACAAGAAGUUAUCCAAAAACGAAAUUCUUCGAAUGGCCAUAAGAUAUAUUCGAUUGCUCACAAACGUGUUGGAAUGGCAAAAGAAACAAGAGGCAAAUGAUAAAUCUGAUCAGCAAGGUCAGCAUAAAACAGUCAACAUGACUGGAUUCACCAAACAAUCACGUCACUUUAACGGAGGAAACAAUGAAAACCACUUUACCGGAAACUAUCGAAAUAACGGAAACAACCUAUUGAUGGUGGUCCCGAAGUCGUUUAGCAAAAUUCAGCUGGGACAAAAAUGUGCCACGGAAUUUGCAAAUGGCUUCCAACGUCCAAUUAAAGUUGAACCUUCCUCUGGCUGCGGAACCACCAUUGAAAAGAUCAAACUUGUCAAUAAGUUGUGCCCGUCGGGAAAGAUAAGCAAGAAUGGGUUGAAAAACAGAAGAAAGGUCGUUCCGCUGUGCGCCAUCGAAGACGGUAUCAAGACGAAUCUGGGAUUAUCCGGGUAUAUGGAAAGAACAGGAGUUGAAAGUGAGAUAAAACGUGAAAUUAAUCACGGUCACCAUGGUCAGUGUCACCAUCAGCGAGGAACAGACCGUGAUGGACCAGAAUGCGAACAAAAUCUUGAUAAGAAAAAGUGCAACGGGGACCGAUGUGAUGAUGAUAAAAAGGGAAAAUAAAUUUAAGUUGAUUGGAAAAUAAGUUCCUAAUAAUCCCAAUGAAUCAAAACUUUUCGCAUAGCAUAGAAUGAAAUAAAUUAAAAUAUAACUCUUAUCAUAAACUACAUAGAAGACAAUACCUACAGCUACAAUAAAACUUAUCUGUGUUUCAAAUGAUUCAAUAUUCUCCAACGUAAUCAAUCGUCUACUUUUUUUGCGAAACGUCUUAGCAAUUAGUUUUCUUAGCACUAAAUCAAAAAUCAACCAUCGCGCAAUAAUAAUGACAAUAUCGCAACCUGCAUUUGCUGCGACAAUCCAUCCAAUGUAGUGCGACAUAAGCUUGUCGAAACUUGAGGUUUGGGUUUAGGUGGCUGGUUCAUCUCUGGUUCAAACUUGAACAGGAUAGGAUUAAUAUCGUGCACCACGAGUUUUUAGUCUUGCAUUGCGAUUUUUAGCGUUAACUUCGAGUCGAUAAACACUGAAACGCUGUUGAAGAUCUAUCAUCAAACAGUUUCGAUCUCGGGUUUGUAAUAAUAUAUUUUUUUAAGAGUUGAAAAGUACGCAAAAAAAAUCAGCUUCAAUUUUGUCCCCAACAAAAAAAAAUCGAGAUCAUGUCAUUAUGUGUUACCAGUUAGGAUAAAGAGAAAUCCCCGCGUCUUCUUUGUUGCUUGUUUUAUGCCUCUUUUGUCUGACAAUUGAGGGGGUUACAAGCAAAGGGGUGUAAGUGACAAAAACCCACUUUCGAAUAAAUGAGGUUUAAAAUUCUUCACCAUUUUUUUAUCCCAUAAAAAAUGUAUAGAAUUGCAAAAUCAACCCAAUUUUCUAAGAUUUAUUGUAAUUUUUCUAAUCAUCGUAAAAACAAACUUAAAGAAGUUCCUGAAACCUUAAAAUCUGAAGAAUUUUUUGAUAUGCUCGGCUUAAAAUCGACAAAAUGGUCACUUACACCCCUUUGCAUCUGGGCCCCUCAAUUGUCUUCUCUGGUUCUUAGUGAUCGACCGGAAAUCGAAUCCGUCACCCUCAGCAUGAUAUUCCCAACAAAGAAUCGCAAUCCACAAACAAGCAUGCAUGCUGAGUUGUUGCUUUAUAAUAGUAAUGAUAGCUGAACUAAAAUUAUGCUGUACAUAUUACUGUACACCCCAACUAACAAGCACCUUUAUGACGAAUUAAUUCAGCACAGACAAACAGACGUAACACUUCGAACAUUUGUCGAUUCAAAUCAUAGUCACGGAAACAUGUUCGCCAAAUGCUAAAAGGACUAAGUUUUGCGGUAGUGAGCUAACGUCAAAUUCGGACAAAAACGAUGCGAGCGCCACGGUUGAGCCGUUGGCCAACUACAAUAUUUUGAAAAGUACCGUUUAAUCGAUGUACGAUGAGGAUUAUCAGAGUGUUACGUCUGUUUGUCUGUGAAUUCAGCAUGAUGCUGAAUAAUAUUUGGAUAAUUUUCAGGUACAACCGUUGUUUGGGUUUUGUUCACACAAAUUUGUUGAAAUUAUGGAGCAUAGUGUUGUGUACAAACUGAACUGUUUGUUGUUAGAAGCGUUUAACAAUUAUAUACUGAACAGCAGCUGCAUUAAUGCGUUGUUCAGUUGUUAACCCUUUAACGCUCAUGGUGUCUGUAGAGCACCAUCACUUUUUGACGAAUCCGACCUAAACCAGUUCACUUCAUUAUGUUAUAAAAGUGUUUGGGAUGAGAUUACAAGCUUAUUACAGAACUUAUAACUCUAAUUAUUGAUUCAAUAGUGAAACUAUUGAUAAACAAUCAGUAACUAUUGAUAAACAUUUUUUUUACAAUUUCGAUAAAUUAAAAUGAUUGAUAACAACUUUUAUUCGAGCACUUUUUAUUCAAAGCAUUUAUAAGCAUUCAAAACUUUGAAAGAAGUCAUGGGCGGGGAGGGGUUAAUCAUAAUGUUCUGAGCUAAUUCACCACUGCUGAAUAGGAGUCGAAGUGUGAUAAUUAUAAUUAAUAAUUAAUAUUAAUUUAAUUAAUAAUUAAAUAAUAAUUAUUGAACUACGGGAAGUUUAUGUUUUGAUUUGAGCGCUUCAAUUCAUCAUCUAGGAUGGCGCAGAUAGGAAGGCAUGCGGCUGCCAAUCAACGGGUCUCGAGUUCGAAUCUUGAUUUAGGCAAAUUUAAGUGUAGUUAUUAUUUCACAAUAGUUGUUCACAGCAUAAGUAGGGGGAUUUAGGGGCAUAAUGGACACCCUAAGCAAAGGAGUAUGUUAGGGCUGUAUAACAGACAAAAACUUAACAUAUUAUCAGCUGGCUUACAACUUUAACUUGUUUCCUACGUACAGGGGGUGGCCAAAAUGUUCGGGAUAGGCAACUAUUAUUCUUCCACAAAAAAGUUCAACAUGCUAUAACUUUUCAUAGAGUGCAUCAAAUAUUCUCAAAUUUUGACCGUUUGUCAACCUACUAUAUGUGCAUCAGUGGUACAAAUUUGAGCUCGAUUGGUUAAUCUUUCGCAAAGUUAUAACCGUUCUGGUAAAACACUAUUUUAAAGACUAUCUAUUAUUGAACUCUCAUAUCUCGGACACUAGUGAACCGAAUUGAAUGAAAUUUUGAGCGAUUAUCAACAAUAUAAUAAUGCCUGAAAAUUCAUCAAAACAUAGGUACUUUUUAAACGAUGAAAAAAGUUAUGAUAGAUUGACAAUUUUGGAUCUUUUUCGAAAAAAAUGUAUUUUUUUUUUACAUCAAUGCCAUUAAAUUUUAUUUUUGAUAUCCACAGAUUUUCUACUUCUGUUCAUAAGAUAUUUAUAAUAAGGUAUAUUAGAGCCUAUUAGGAUUAAAGGAAGAACAUGUUUAGUAAUGUUUGUGCAGUAUUGUAAAUUUGACUCAUUUUCCUCUAUGUGGGUGAAAAUGUCAAACCAUCAUAACUUUUUUCAACGUUUAAAAAGUACCUAUGUUUUGAUGAAUUUUCAAGCAUUAUAUUAUUGUUGAUAAUCUCUCAAAAUUUCAUUCAAUUCGGUUCACUGGUCUCCGAGAUAUGAGAGUUCAAAAAAUGAUAGUCCUAAAAAUAGUGUUUUACCAGAAUGGUUAUAACUUUGCGAAAUAUUAACCAAUUGAGCUCAAAUUUGUACCACUGAUGCACAUAUAGUAGGUUGACAAACGGUCAAAAUUUGAGAAUAUUUGAUGCACUCUAUGAAAAGUUAUAGCAUGUUGAACUUUUUUGUGAAAGAAAAAAAGUUGCCUAUCCCAAACAUUUUGGCCAUCCCCUGUAUUUCAAUCAUCAGGUAGAAUGUCAUAAUUGUGAAGAAAUAAUGAAUUGUAAACCGUUUUUUUGGAGCUGGCAGGAAAGGUAUGGGGCGAAAUGGACACCCAUCGGGACAUAAUGGACACUCCUGCAUAUUUUAUGCUGUAUCUUUGAUAAUAUUGAUCAGUUAAGUAAUUUGCCUACGGAGAUCAAUACCACAGAUAUAAUACUUCAUCUUAGACGAGUUUACAUAAUACCAAAGUUAAUUAAAUAAAUUUAAGGCUAAAAUAAUCGGAUUGAUUUUUUUCCAAACUCUCUAAAACGCCUAACAUAAUGCAACGCGCGUACAUUCAUUCAUAACUGCCAGUGUUCAUUUCGCCCCGAAUCGACUACAACAUUCAAUUUGCUAUUUUAAGUAAGUUCUGAUCAAAAACAUAAAACUUCAUCCAUUGCUAAAUCUUCGUAUACAUGAAGAUAAGUUAACAAUUCACUUGGUUUUAUGGUGAGCGCACUCAAACACUCGUUAUACCUUAUUUGCUGCUGCUUAGAAAUAAUCAGAAAUCCAACAUAUGAAAAACAUACUUCGAUUUUAAUGAUAUUUUGGUUAUUUUGAAGGAAUAUAAAUGGUACUUUUGAAAAAUAAAACAAUGACUUGUUCCUUUACACUUAUGCAUUAAUUUUUCACAUAAAAGUCAACGGUUUCGGCAAAAACAUGAGUGUCCAUUAUGCUCCUAAUCCCCAUACAUAUGAUAAACUCUCGUGAAAACUGAUAAAUUUUGCAAUUUAUUUAUUUUAAAGCAUUUUUACUAAAGCUGCAUAACAGAUUUACUAUAUAGUUGUAAAACGAUUUAACAACAAACAGUUCAAUUGGUACACAACACUAUGCUUUACAGUUUCUUCAAAUUUGUGUUUACAAAACUCGUACAAAGCUUAUGUCUGAAAAUUACCCAAAUGUUAUUCAGCAUCAUGCUGAAUUAAUUCGUCGUAAAGGUGCUUGUAAAAUGAGUGAUUUCCAGAAUCUGAAAAUAAUCGCAAAAAUAAUCUGAAACAGCUGGAGUAAUUCUUAAAUCACCUACUGCAUAAUCUAUAUGAGCGAUUCCAAGCAACAGCAUCAAAAUUAAGCAAAUUUUUUAAUUCAUGAUUUUCUAUUGAACUGAAACUUUGCACAGUUUUUCAGUUCCAUCUAAAUCGCCAUUUUUCGAUAUCAAAUUUUAAUUUUGAAUCACGACUAACUUUUCAAAAGGGUGUAUGUGAAAAUGGUUCAAAAAUAUUCAAAAAUCUGCACAGCCAAAAUGGUUCGUUCGAUUGCUAUGAAUUUUUCAGCAAAGUUAGAUAACUAAAUGGUGAUUCCUAAGAAAAUAUACACUGUGAAAAAAAAAUCUUUUUUAACAUUAAAAAUAUCAUUUUUGCCACAAAAACUCAAAUAUCUCAAAACCCUAUCUUUUUACCAACGUAAUUUUUUUAGCGAAGACGGUCCAUUAUAUUAGCAAUCUACCAUAAAAAUUUGGUGAUGGUAAACUAAUAAACAAAAAAGUUAUAACAUUUCAAACAUUUCACAAUUUUCACAUUUGGUAAAUAUUUUUUUCUGUGUAAAUUAUUUCGGUCAGAAAUCGCAGUUUGAUGCUGAUUUUAUUGUUAAGCAAAGUUAGAUAACUAAAUGGUGAUUCCUAAGAAAAUAUACACUGUAAAAAAAAAAUCUUUUUUAAUCUUAAAAAAUAUCAUUUUUGUCACAAAAACUCAAAUAUCUCAAAACCCUAUCUUUUUACCAACGUAAUUUUUUAGGGAAAACGGUCCAUUGUAUUAACAAUCUACCAUAAAAAUUUGGUGAUGAUGAACUAAUAAACAAAAAAGUUAUGACAAUUAAAACAUUUCACAAUUAUCACAUUUAGUAAUAUUUUUUUAAGUGUAAAUUAUUUCGGCCGGAAAUCGCAGUUUGAUGCUGAUUUUUUUGUUAAUGGUCGUGCGUGAGUAAAACAAGCUGUUUUUAUUAUGUAUUAUGUAUAUUAUAUGUACAGUAAUGUUCCGAUUUUAUCACGCCCUCCGCGCAUUAGUCGUUUAAGGUACACCGGAGCAAGUUGAAAUGGGUGGGGCAAGAUGAAACACGAAGUUUUGAAACAGAUUUCAAUACAAUUUUGUAAUUUAUCUUUCGUUAAAAGAUUGUUUGAAUCAAAAACUAUGCGUUACGGCGAUCAAACUAUUUAUUAUCAUUAGAAAACAUCAUGUUAACCCGCUGUUUCAUCUUGCCCCACCCGUUUCAACUUGCCCCGGUGUACCUUAUUCAUUAAUUUGCUGUUACAUUUGAGGACAAGUGUUUUCCCUCUUCUUCAAGAUGAAUGUUGAGAGCGUGUUUUGCAACGUUAAAAAUAUUGAAAUGGGUAUAGAUGUUGAAGAAUAUUCCAAAACAUUUUUGAAAAGGGGCGUGAUUAAAUUGUUUAAACAGAUGUCGCUGAUGGUGCGGUGGCAUGACUCUCUGCACUUAGCACUUCUGGCAAUGUCUUAGUUGUUGUCGUUUUAGAACUUCCUGCGCCCUGCUUUACCGAUGAUAUACAGAUGGCUCGUUUGUCAAAGUCUAGACGACACUACGUGCAAGUAAAUUUGUAUUCAAUGUGGGCAUUUGGGCAUAACGAGUCUCUUUCAGUUUAUCUAUGGUGCUUUCGGUGAGAUUUCGUAACUCUUUUGAACAUUUUUUUUUCAUCAAACGGUCUACAAGAGAGCGUUGAGUUGAAGACCUUUGAGAAAGCGACUGUUCAUGUUGUUCGUUAGAUUAUAAUAAACAAAAUCACUUAUUAGUUUUCACUGACUAGUUUGGUGUUGUUUGCUUGACUGAAGAAAAAAAUUACUAAUAAUUAAUUUAAUAUCCAUAGCGAAGUAUUUCUUUGCUUUUUCGUGAGCAUUGUCAUGGUAUGUAUACAGACACACAAACGUAACACUGACGAAAUUUUCAUUGACCACGCCUUUAACGAUCAUUUUGAAUCUUGGUUGUGGCUUUCAUAACCAGAAGAGCGCCCAUCGUGCGUUUGACGUUUCACACCAGCGCCUUCUGAUGACGAUAUUGCACAACGCAGUGUUUCGUAAAACAUUUCCACCAGGUGGUGUUAGUGUGAACUGGGCGAUGGAUUUUCACGAAAAUUGUUCUAGGCGUUUCGUCUGUUUGUCUAUGGUAUGUACCUCUCAUGCAUUUGUUGUUGUUGAAGUUACUCACAUUCUUCCGAUCAUAAAGUCUGUUCUUUAAGAGGUAAUUUUUUUUUUAGAUAAACUAGACGUAUACGCGUAUAUAAAACUUUUAUUAUACAGCUUUUCUCUUAAAAAUAAGUUUAAUUCCAUUUUCUUAUAAUCAACAGCUUUUCAACACUAUCAAGGGAUUUUUUCACCAGUCACGUACAAUAAAAAGUAUGACACUCUCAAUGUUUUUGAUCACAACACUGGAUCGCGUCUAAGUUUCAAAUAGAUACUACAGCAAUUAUGAAUAAUCAAACAAAAAUAUCAUGAAAACAAUUUGUUUAAUUCAGGCGGUAGCCUUUACAAUAAAAUCAACAUCAAAAUAUAAUUCUCGAAAUAAUUUACACAGAAAAAAAUUUUUUUUUGUUACUAAAUGUAAAAAUUGUGAAGUGUUUGAAAUGUCAUAACUUUUUUGUUUAUCAGUUUACCAUCACCAAAAUUUUAUGGUAGAUAGCUGAUAUAAUGGGCCAUUUCCCCUAAAAAAUUGACGUUGGUAAAAAGAUAGGGUUUUGAGAUAUUUGAGUUUUUGUGACAAAGAUCAUAUUUUUUUAAAGUAAAAAAAUAAUUUUUUUACAGUGUAUAUUUUCUAAGGAAUCAUCAUUUAGUUAUCUAACUUUGCUGAAAAAUUCAUAACAAUCGAACAAUCCGUUUUUGCUGUACAGCUUUUAGAAUAUUUUUGAACUAUUUUCGCAUACACCCAUUUGAAAAGUUAGUCGUGAGUGAAUAUGAAGGUUUAAUAUCGAAAAAUGGCGAUUUAGAUGAAAUUGAAAAACUGUGCAAAGUUUCAGAUAUUUUUGAAAUGGUCGCUCAGGAUCGACUGACAUGACUCCGUGGAAUUCCUCAUAUAAAUAAAAAUUGAAUGGUGUUUGUAUGUCACGAAUAGGCCAACGGAUCUACACCAUAUUUCAGUGUUUCAUUCGUGCAAGGCUCCGACGUGUUUGUACGAAAAAAUAAUUGGGAAAAUCGACCGGGAACGCACCGAAAACGAGAAAGUUUGAAACUCCAUUUUGCGGGGCAUUUUUCUACAGAGCUGCAUGUCAAAAAAAAACAUAGUAGGCAAGCAGAACGACGUUUGCCGGGACAGCUAGUUGAAGAUAAAAACCAUGAAUCAUUAAACUUUACGAAAUUGUAAUACAAUACUUUAUUACUUCUAGGCGACGAAUCGAUGGAGAUCUAAAAGUUUAGGAAAAAUGACUAACAAAAUGCUCAACAGAUUUAUAAAAAAAAUCUUCCAAAAUAUCUGAAUGCACUUUCAAAAAAAGCCUAAUAGAAAUAUCUUAAGAACGAGAAUUCCAAAGAAAUUAUCCAAAAGAAUUGCAAGUAUUACUAUUUAUUUAACAAUUUAUGAUAGUUUGCCUGAGUAAGAACAGUGUGAUUUUUUUUAUAUUUACCUUCAGGAAGUAUUUCCAAGGAAUCUCCGGAAGAAUAUCGUACACAUUCCUAAACAUAUCAAAUCAACUUUUGGAAAAUCUCUUUGUAAUGAAAUUGUUGGUAAAGCUUCUAAAAAAGUUAUGGGUGAGCCCAUGGGGAGUGCAGGUUAUUCUAGAGGUAGUUUUAAGUAAUAAAUUUAAAGUUUUUUUAACAGGAAAUAUUAAAAAAUAUUAGCUGAUACAAUUCAAAACACAGCUAAGCAUUAGCUGAUACAAUUCAAAACAAAUCAAAUAAUGUUCAAACUUUUUUUUUCUAGAAUAAAAAUUCCACUAAAAGUUUUUAAUGAAAUACAGCAAAAAGUUAUCAUUCAAAAAUUUUCCAUGCAAUUUCCUUGAGGAGAAUGCAUUCCAUAUUAUGUAACUACAUUAUUUUCAUUUAUACCACCAUAUAGGGUCUUGUACCAUUUGGGCAGGUGUACCUAUUUUGGGCACUUGCCGCUAUAGCAAAGUCAAUUUCAAACAGAUUGAUUUGAAUUUUUGUAUAGAGUUAGGCACUUAGAGUAUCUUACUCUAAUCUGAUCUGAUUUAUUCUCUUUACGUCAACAGACAAUUUUGUCCCAAUGAUGGUUAAAACUGUUUAAUACUAUAACAACAGAUAACACAAACACAAAAUCAUUAUUCGUCAGCGCUUGUACAAAAUAUCACAGAAAAUUUACGUCUGAUUGUUGCACGAGACAAAUUAAAAUCGAAACCGGUUGCUGCCCUAUUGAAGACUCGAAGAGCACCAUGAAUAGCGAUAUUCUGGCCAUAGUUCGGUUCAAAACUCUACCGCCGACACCAAGCCUUUCCAACUUAGCAAUCGUUAUAGCGUGACUGAAUUUAUCGAAGGCUGCAGACACAUCCGUAGAUGACAUCCGUUUGGGCUCUCUCUGCAAAGCUUUCCACAAUGUACGUGGUAAGACACAGGAGGUUAGUCGAGGUCGACCUACCUGAGAUCAACCCACACGCUAAAACCACUCAGCACCUAGAAUGUGUAAGCCCUACUCAUAAGAGCAUAAUUUCCAGACCACACAAAAAUGUGUAACAGUUACACAUUCUCAAAAACAGCUCGUACACUCGUCUAGAUGCGAAAUGUCGAUAUUUUUUUUGUUUUCCAAGGUCACUAGAAAACCUAGCUAGAUUGCUGUACAAAUUUGUUUGCGAAUAUAACGAUUUUGCGGACACAGGAGCUGAUUUUGUAAAUGUGCAAGGGUUACACAUUUUUGGUCUUCUUCUUCUUCUUCUUCUUUAUGGCUCGACGUCCUCACUGGGACUUGGCCUGCCUCGCUUCAGCUUAGUGUCCUUCGAGCACUUCCACAGUUAUUAAUUGAAGGGCUUUCUUUGCCUGCCAUUGCAUGAAUUUGUAUAUUGUGAGGCAAGUAUAAUGAUAUACUAUGCCCAGGGAGUCGAGAAAAUUUUCCCGACCGGAGCAGGAAUCGAAACCGCCGUCUCCGGAUUGGCAAUCCAUAGCCUUAAUCACUAGGAUAACUGGAGACUGGUGUAGUCUGGAAAUUAUGCACUUUAGUGCUGAGCGGCGUUAGCGUGCAUGUUGGCCGUCACUCAGAUACUGUUUGCAGUGUGCGAGAAGUGGGUCCAUAACUACAAGUUCAAGCAGCUUGGAGAUUGCGCACAGUAGUGAUGUGAAUACCGCGGUAGUUGCAGACGUUCCUGCGAUCACCUUUCUUGUGAACGGGAAACAUAACGGCAGUUUUCCAAAACCGACGGGAAUUCACCACUUCACAUUGGUCGGGCUCCAUACAAAGGGGCGGCCAAAACUCCCAAAAAAUGAAUUUGAUAUUUUUAAACUUAAUUUCAUCCUUUAACAAAGUUAUUGUAUUGUAGUUAUAUGAUUCUUAAUUCAAAGCAUACCAAUUUUUAUAAUUCAAUGACAUUUUCACUGUCAAAGUGGCCUAUGUCACAAAAUUAAAAAAUGAACCACUCGAAAAAAGUAAAAUAUUAAUAUUUUGAGAAUGUAGUUUUUUUUUUCUAUACAAAAACUCAAAUCAACCGGUUUUAAAUCGACUUAGUUAUAGUGGCAAGUGCCCAAAAUAGGUACACCUGCCCAAAUAGUACAAGAGCCAAUUUAUUGAUUCAACAUUUUUGUCAGAAAUUUAUUUCUUGAAUAUUCUUACCGAAGUCUUAAGGUAAUCGGCUUUAACAAAGCCACAGCAUGAAUUUUUAAGAGCACAAAUCUCAAGAAUCAA